AUGUAGAAAGUAGAAUAAAAUACUAACUCUAAUGCAUAAAAAUCAGGAUAAAAUAUUAACUCCUAAUGCAAUAAUGAGAAUUCAAUUAAUUUACUCAUUUAACAAAACUGCAAUUAUUAAAUUAAUAGACAGAAAUUAACUUCUAAUUAAUAUAAACCUCAUAUAUUAAAUUGGAGUAUAUCUCCUUAAAGAAAAAGAUAUAGUAAUGAAUUAUAAAAUACUUAAAAAAUCUAUUUCCCUUUAUCAAAUACCUCACCUAGAAGAAUACUUAAUUCUAAUCGUUAAAAUAAAUUUGUUAAUUAAAAAUCUAAUAAUGAUUUUAGUCCAAAUAAUUACUCAUUUAAAUAUACUAAUUCAAAAAAUAUCUCUCCAUUAAGAAAUAAAAAUUAACCAUUCUCUCCAUAAGGUCAUAAGAGUUUUUUAUUAGAAAAACUUCAUUCUGGUAGCCCAAAGUUAAAUUUUUAUUUAUUAAAGUAAUAAUUAUAAAAUACUUAUACACCUUAAGAAGAUGAGAAAAAACAGUAGAAUACACCUAAAGAAGAUGAGAAAAAACUUUAGAAUACACCUAAAGAAGAUGAGAAAAAACAGUAGAAUUCGAAAGAAAAAUAAAUUAAUAAUAAUACUAUAAUAAGAGAUGAUAGAGAAAUUAAUUCUUAGAAUGAAAACAAUAUUUAAAAUAUUUAAGAUAUUUAAGAUAUUUAAGAUGACAAUCCUCCUAAGCCUUACGUUACUAUAAUACAAUAAAAUUAAGAUCGAAGAAUGAGAGUUUUCAAUUUUUUAAAAGAUUUAUAUAAUAAAACUUCAGGGCUGCGAAGAGUUGAAGAAUAAUAUAAAAUUUAUAUCAGAGAUAUAGAAGAUAAUAAGGCACUUAAAAAGAAUUAUGGUUUAAAAUUAUAAAACUUAGCAUUUGUCAGCUAAAUUUGUAAUGCAUUCAUACAAGUUAGAGGCGAUGGAAACUGCUUUUAUACAGCGUUUGGAUUCUAAUUUCUUUAUCAUUUGCUAUGUAAAUAUUCAGAUGAUCAAUUUAAAAAAUCUAUAUAAACUUUUUUAGAGAUGAAAUUAAGAUUUAAGAUUGUAUAUGAUGGAAAAUAAAUAGAUGAUUAGAAUGGAAUUGAAAAAGAUAUGUUAGAAGAAUUUAUUUAUAUAAUUGAGAUGUUGAGAUAAGUUGUAGAAAAAGAUAGAUUUAAUCAAUUAAAAUAAUAAUUUGCUGAAUAUGAAAUCAGUUAGAAUGGAGAUGCUUUCUUAUAUGGCUUAUAAACUAUCUUUUUAAGAAAUUUGAGUGCUUAUUAUUUAGAGGAAAGUGAAUUCAAGGAUGUAGUUUAUGAUAAAGAAAAUUUACUAAUUUGGGAAACUGAAUGCAACACAAAUGAAGUAAUCAUUAAAAUGCUGGCUUAAUAAUUAUAAUUGUAAGAUAUAUAAAAUUUAUAAUAGUCAUGUAAAGUUAUUAUUUAUGGACGAAUAAGUAAUAUUAAGAGAAUAUGAGUAAUAAAAUUAAAACUUAAUAAUUUUAUUAAUCAAACCUGGACAUUAUAAUAUAGGUUGGAAUAUCAAAAAUUGA